AUGGGAAAAGACGCAAUUAUGGGGAAAGACGCAAUUAUGGGGAAAGACGCAAAUAUGGGGAAAGACGCAAAUAUGGGGAAAACACAAAUAUGGAGAAAACACAAAUAUCUGGAAAACGCAAAUAUGGGGAAAACGCAAAUAUGGGGAAAACGCAAAUAUGGGGAAAACGCAAAUAUGGGGAAAACGCAAAUAUGGGGAAAACGCAAAUAUGGGGAAAACGCAGAUAUGGGGAAAACGCAGAUAUGGGGAAAACGCAGAUAUGGGGAAAACGCAAAUAUGGGGAUAACGCAAAUAUGGGGAAAACGCAAAUAUGGCAAAAACGCAAAUAUUGGGAAAACCAACUAUGGGGAAAACGCAAAUAUGGAGAAAACGCAAAUAUGGCGAAAACGCAAAUAUGGCAAAAACGCAAAUAGUGGAAAAACGCAAAUAUGGGAAAAAUGCAAAAAUGGGAGAAGAUAA